GACACAGUACCAAGAAUUUCUCAAUCCCGGGGACCCGAGGAAGAAGCAGAAGCGGAAGAACCGGAGAAGAAGAGUAAGAGUCGAUCGGCUCAGCGAUUUCAGGCGCUCGCCAUUGUCGGGUUAAGCGACGACGAAAAUGGCGGUUCCCGUUGAGGAAGCGAUCGCAGCUCUUUCCACAUUCUCCCUAGAGGAUGAGCAGCCAGAAGUCCAAGGACCUGCUGUCAUGGUGUCAGCUGAAAGAGCUGCAACCGAGAGUCCCAUAGAGUAUAGUGAUGUUGCAGCGUAUCGGUUGUCUUUAUCAGAAGAUACAAAAGCUCUGAAUCAGCUGAACACGCUUAUACAAGAAGGAAAGGAGAUGGCAUCAAUUCUAUACUCGUAUAGAAGUUGUGUCAAAGCGCUGCCUCAGCUUCCUGAAUCUAUGAAGCAUAGUCAGGCUGAUUUGUAUCUAGAAACAUAUCAAGUCUUGGAUUUAGAAAUGAGUCGUUUGCGUGAAAUUCAGCGAUGGCAAUCAUCUGCUUCAGCCAAAUUAGCUGCUGAUAUGCAGCGCUUUUCCAGGCCUGAACGGCGGAUAAAUGGCCCUACAGUCACACAUCUUUGGUCGAUGCUUAAGUUGCUUGAUGUCUUGGUUCAGCUUGAUCAUCUAAAAAAUGCUAAAGCUAGCAUUCCUAAUGAUUUCUCUUGGUAUAAGAGAACAUUCACUCAAGUCAGUGCCCAGUGGCAGGACACUGAUACAAUGAGAGAGGAGUUAGAUGACUUACAGAUUUUCCUGAGCACAAGAUGGGCUAUUUUACUCAACUUGCAUGUUGAGAUGUUCCGUGUGAAUAACGUGGAGGACAUUCUCCAAGUUCUCAUAGUCUUCAUUGUUGAGUCACUGGAGUUGGAUUUUGCACUUCUAUUUCCUGAGAGGCACAUUCUUCUCCGUGUCCUCCCUGUUCUUGUUGUCUUAGCAACAACAUCUGAGAAAGAUACAGAGGCUCUAUACAAGAGGGUUAAACUCAUCAGAUUGAUCAACAUAUUCAAGAACGAUCCUGUGAUUCCUGCAUUUCCAGAUCUCUAUCUAUCUCCUGCUGCGAUAUUGAAAGAACUGUCAGUAUACUUCCAAAAAUUUUCAUCACAGACUAGGCUGCUGACUCUUCCAGCACCCCAUGAGCUCCCUCCCCGUGAAGCAUUAGAAUAUCAGAGGCAGUAUCUGAUAGUCAAUCACAUUGGAUCUCUUCGUGCUGAGCAUGAUGACUUCACAAUCCGAUUUGCAUCAUCCAUGAAUCAGUUAUUGCUGUUGAGGUCAAAUGAUGGAGCAGAUACCGAGUGGUGUAGAGAGGUCAAAGGAAACAUGUAUGACAUGGUUGUUGAGGGUUUCCAACUAUUAAGCAGAUGGACAGCACGCAUCUGGGAGCAAUGUGCUUGGAAAUUCUCUCGCCCAUGGAAGGAUGCGGCAGAAUCACAGGAGACUUCUGGAUCAUAUUCUGACUAUGAGAAGGUGGUCAGGUUCAAUUAUUCUGCAGAAGAAAGGAAAGCCUUGGUAGAACUUGUGAGCUAUAUAAAAAGUGUUGGGUUGAUGCUGCAGCGAUGUGACACAUUAGUUGCUGAUGCUUUGUGGGAGACAAUACAUGCCGAAGUCCAAGAUUUUGUCCAGAAUACAUUGGCCACAAUGUUGCGUACUACCUUCCGGAAGAAGAAAGAUCUGUCAAGGAUUCUUUCUGAUAUGCGUACACUAUCAGCUGACUGGAUGGCAAAUACCAAGCCCGAAAAUGAGUUGCAAUCUUCACAACAUGGAGGUGAUGACAGCAGAUCGAACUUCUUUUAUCCCAGAGCAGUUGCCCCAACUGCGUCGCAGGUGCAUUGCUUGCAGUUUUUGAUAUAUGAGGUGGUCUCUGGUGGAAAUCUGAGGAGGCCAGGGGGGCUCUUUGGAAAUAAUGGCUCUGAGAUUCAUGUUAAUGACUUGAAGCAAUUGGAGACUUUCUUUUAUAAGCUCAGUUUUUUCCUGCACAUAUUGGAUUACACAGCAACUAUUGGGACGUUGACCGAUCUUGGUUUCCUUUGGUUUAGAGAAUUUUACUUAGAGUCAUCACGAGUUAUUCAGUUUCCAAUUGAAUGCUCGUUGCCAUGGAUGUUGAUAGAUCACAUUCUUGAUUCACAGAAUUCAGGCCUUCUUGAGAGCGUUUUGUUACCUUUUGACAUUUAUAACGACUCGGCUCAGCAAGCCCUAGUUGUGCUGAAGCAGAGAUUCCUAUAUGAUGAAAUUGAAGCUGAGGUGGACCAUGGUUUUGAUAUAUUUGUAUCAAGACUCUCAGAGACUAUAUUCACUUAUUAUAAGAGCUGGGCAGCGAGUGAGCUUCUUGAUCCAUCAUUUCUCUUUGCCUUGGACAAUGCUGAAAGGUGCUCCAUCCAGCCUGUGAGGUUUACAGCAUUAUUUAAGAUGACAAAAGUACAGCUGCUUGGUAGAACAAUUAAUCUAAGAAGUUUGAUUGCUCAACGGAUGAAUAAACUUUUCAGAGAAAACCUAGAGUUUCUAUUUGACAGGUUCGAGUCCCAGGACCUAUGUGCUAUAGUGGAACUGGAGAAGCUGAUAGAUGUCCUAAAGCAUGCCCAUGAAUUGCUUUCUCAAGAACUCUCCAUAGAUUCUUUCAGUCUCAUGUUGAAUGAAAUGCAAGAAAACAUUUCUCUCGUGUCAUUUUCUAGUCGACUUGCCACCCAGAUUUGGUCAGAGAUGCAGAGUGAUUUCCUACCAAACUUCAUACUUUGCAAUACCACACAACGAUUUGUCAGAUCAUCGAAAGUUCCUCCUACUCAGAAGCCGUCAGUGCCUUCUGCUAAACCUAGUUUCUAUUGUGGCACUCAAGACUUGAAUGCUGCCCACCAAAGUUUUGCACGGUUGCAUAGUGGAUUUUUCGGGAUACCGCAUGUAUUUGCCGUUGUUAAACUACUCGGUUCUAGAUCUUUGCCCUGGCUUAUAAGAGCUUUGCUGGAUCACAUAUCAGAUAAGAUAACAACGCUCGAGCCAAUGAUUUCCGGGUUGCAAGAAGCGUUGCCGAAGUCUAUCGGAUUGCUUUCUUUUGAUGGUGGUGUCACAGGUUGUAUGAGACUUAUUAGAGAACAGCUGAACUGGGGCACAAAGGCAGAGCUCAAAUCAGAAGUACUCAGAGGGAUAAAGGAAAUCGGGAGUGUAAUAUAUCUGAUGGGACUUCUUGAUACUGUAUUGAGAGAGGUAGACACAAAGCGAUUCAUGCAAACUGCUCCAUGGUUGGGAUUAAUCCCAGGUGCAGAUGGACAAAUAGUUAAUGCUCAAGAUGGAGAUAGCCCUCUCAUCAACCUCUUCAAAUCAGCAAGUUCCGCGAUUGUGUCGAACCCCAGUUGCCCUAACCCUUCCGCUUUCUACACCAUGUCCAAACAGGCAGAAGCUGCAGAUCUUCUGUACAAGGCGAACAUGAACGGUGGAAGCGUUCUCGAAUAUACACUUGCAUUCACAAGUGCUGCACUUGACAAAUAUUGUAGUAAAUGGAGUGCUCCUCCCAAGACAGGCUUCAUUGACAUCACAACUUCAAAGGACUUCUACCGCAUCUAUGGAGGUCUUCAAAUUGGAUACCUGGAGGAGAUAACGAACCCGCAGUCAGCCCAUCACGAUGUCCUAGGGGACUCCAUAGCCUGGGGUGGAUGCACCAUCGUAUAUUUGCUUGGACAGGAACUGCACUUUGAGCUAUUUGAUUUCUCAUACCAAGUCCUAAACGUGGCCGAGGUUGAAGCCUUAUCUGCUUCCCAUGCACAUAGAAGUGCGCAGUUCGUCCAGGGAUGGGAGGCGCUGUUGGAGGCGAUGAAGAAGGCGAGGAGGCUGAACAACCACGUGUUCUCGAUGCUGAAGGCGAGGUGCCCUCUGGAAGACAAGACGGCGUGUGCCAUCAAGCAGAGCGGUGCUCCCUUGCACCGUGUCAGGUUCGACAACACCGUCUCUGCCUUUGAGACUCUUCCCCAGAAAGGCACCGUCUCCUGAACUCAACUUAACUCAACUGAAAUGUUUAUGGUAAUAAUAAACACAUGCGAUCUUCGGCUUUAGUUUCUUUUUAAGCUCUUUUCAUGUGGGUUAUAAUGUGUAUGUCUGCUUUUAAGCAAGGUUUUGUCACUUGGGUUGUCUAUUGUAAUUUGGUGGGAACUCGGAUUUUCUUUCUUUCUUUCUUCCUUUCUGUUUGAA